AUGCGAAGCUCUGUCGCCCUGUUCGCGCUCGUCGCUCUGCUCGGCUUUGCGGCCGCCGGUGCGUCUGCCAUGCCCGCCCACAAGUUCCACCACCGUCCCGUUCACCACAACGGCGACGCUGACACUGCUGCCUACCCGCUCAUCGAGAUCACGCUCUACAUGGAGUCGCUGUGCCCCGACUGCCAAGCGCUCAUUGCUGGCGAUCUCUGGAACGUCUGGAACUCGAGCAUCUCUUCCAUCAUGAACUUGACCCUUGUUCCGUACGGUAACGCCCAGGAGUGGCAGUCUGGAUCGACCUGGGAGUUUGAGUGCCAGCACGGCGCGCGUGAGUGCAUUGGAAACGUUCUCGAGACCUGCGCCAUCAACUUGCUCCAGAACUCGACCGUCUGGUUCCCGUUCAUUCACUGCCUCGAGGGCACUUUCAACCCCUGGUCUGCCGGCAACCAAUGCGCCGCCUAUUUUGGCAUCGACUAUGCGCCCAUUUAUGCAUGCAUGAACUCUGCCCAGGGCAACGCCAUGCAGCACGAAAUGGCGCUCAAGACGGCCGCGCUGGUUCCCGCCCACACCUACGUUCCCUGGAUUACGCUCAACGGUGCCCACUGCGUCCCAUGCGAGAACGGCCACCUCAAGCAGGCCAUCUGCGGUGCCUACACUGGCCCGAAGCCCGCUGACUGCUAA